AUAUAAUUAAAAAUAACAAACGCUUUUAAUUAUAGAUCAAUAAUUUCAGUUUUAAAUUACCAGUGAAUAUUUUUUUUAAUUAAAUAUUGAUUUUUUUUUCCGAAUCCAUUGCGUUGCGCAACUAUACGAAACUCGAAGUUCUCCGAAAUCGAACGAGGCCCUAUAAAACACGUUCGUUGUCAAAAAGAAGGGAAAGUUGAUCACAUUCUGUUCAACUGAAAACAUGUUAUUUGGUUUCAUAACAGUUUUAUCUAAAGUUAAAUGUCAAGUGCAGAGUAUAAGUGGUCAAAAAACUUUAAAAAACAGUCAACCGUCUUGAUCAAGUGCUAAAUUAGUUGUUUUAUUUAGUAAAUUUAAGAAUAAGUUUAUUUAAUUUUUGUGACCAUGCCGAAAGGAAAACGAAAGGGAAGGUCUGAUCGCGGGCGAAACGAUGGUUCCCUGAAUUCUUCUGACGAUGAGUCUUUUGACAAUGCAAGCGUUGUCAGCAAUUUUUCAGAAAACAAGGACGGCGAAGAAGCAGAAGACGCCGACUUGGUUGCGCAGGAACAGCUCGAAGAAAAGUUAUGUGAAAUUCUCGAUGGCCUCACUCAAAAAUCAUCUCAAGGCCGAACCAACUGUUUCGAAAAUUUAACUAAAGGCUUCGUCAAGAAAUACAUGCCUAAUUUCAUUAGAGAAAGAUACUUUACAAUUUGCGAUAGUAUCGAAAGAAGUUUAAAAAAGGGUGGUGGUCCGGAAAAAAUGGCUGCCGCUGAAUUGGCUACGAUUAUUUGCGUUCAGAUGGGCGGUGAAGACGCCUGUGAAGAAAUUUCUAGAAAUUUGAAACCUAUGUUACUUUCGAUAGUUUGCGAUAAUACAGUUUCUGCACCUGUCAGAGCUAAAUGUUGCGCAGCUUUAGGUACUAUGACAUUUUUAUCUGGCGGUGAAAUCGGCGAUGUCAUUAUUCUUAUGCAGCAAUUUGAAUCAAUUUAUUCGGGUAGUUAUUUAAAAGGCGACGGGAACGUUGCAAACGUUUCCGCCGACACAGCCAUUUUGCAUGCCGCCGCUAUCCAAGCUUGGAACUUGCUAUUUACUUUGCUUUCACCAGGAAAUAUCGGGACGAUGAUGAACAAUUCCAAAGCCCUGCCAACAUUGGAAAAACUGUCAGAGUUGCUAGAAUCACCUCAUUUGGAUGUCAGAAUGGCAGCAGGCGAAGCCUUGGCUUUGGUUUAUGAACUGGGCAGGGAGGAAAACGACGAUUUCGAGGAAGAUUUCGCGCUGGAUAUUACGGAAAAUUUGAAACAUUUAGCGACCGAUUCUCAUAAAUAUAGAGCCAAAAAAGACAGGAAGCAACAGAGGGCUACGUUUAGGGAUAUCUUGCAGUUUUUUGAGAAUGAUAUUGUGCCAGAACUAUCAAUAAAAUUUGGAAGAGAAACGUUGGUGCUAGACUCUUGGAGUCGAAGGAAGCAAUACGAGACGCUGUGCAACGUUUUAGGGCCCAGCAUUAACGUUCAUCUCACUGACAACGAUUUGCUCAGAGAUAUUUUCGAAAUCAUACUACCUCCACAGAUGGCCGAGAUGCCCGCCCAUCAACAACACCAGAUGGAACGGUACAGAAAACGUUUGGUGAAUGCGGCCAAUUUCAAAGCAAGAACUCUAUCGAGGGCCAGGAACAGGGACAAACGGUCAGAUUUUUAGGUUACCAUCUUCGCAGGAAAAAAUAUAUUAUAUAUAUUAUAAUUAGCACAAUUUUUAUUGUAGUGGAUUAUUUCUAUAUACAUGUUCGCUAUUUAUUAAAUUAUUCAAAAAUUUUUUUGGCGUAUUUAGGUGUGACAUUUAUAAAAAGUAAUCAUAAUUAUCGAAUUGUAGAUUUGUUUUUAAUAUACACACUCAAAUACA